UUCCUGCUUCGCUCGCGCACGUUGCUCGUUAUGGAGCCGAGCCUCGGCGCCGCUGGCACCUCCUGAGUCCCGGAAGCGUCGUCUCUCGUGAUGGAAGACGACCUGGAACUGGAGAGGAAAGCAAUUGAAGAACUGCUUAAAGAGGCAAAAUGUGGGAAAACAAGAGCAGAAACAAUGGGAACAAUGGGUUGGAUGAAGUGUCCUCUUGCUGGCACAAAUAAGAGAUUUCUCCUUAACACAAUUAAGAACACAUUGCCCUCCCAUAAAGAGCAAAAGCAGGAGCAAAAAGAAGGCAGUAAGGAGCCGGUGAAAAGCCAGGCCCAGAAAGAAGAAAACCCAAAGAAGCACCGACCCCACCCCUACAAGCACAGUGAUCAAGCCAGAGAUUCCGCCCAAGCUUCCUCAUCUAGGUCAAGGGAGCGAAGCAGGAAGGAGAAGAGUGAAAAGCGCUCCAGAAAGUGAUGAGACCAGGAAGAAACAGCCAGAUACCACCAGCACCUCAUGCUAAUCUGUCUGGAAUCAGAAUUGUGCAGAGGUUCUUGAGCAAAAGCCUUGACCUGCCAAAAUAAAUAGCUACAAGUGAUUUUCUUUUUACAGAGGUUCUUUUGUUGGGACAAGCAGAAAAUGACCCAGAAACUCAAGAAAAUCGACACAAAAGCCCUUACCCUGAAAAUAUGUUGGCUGGUUUAAGCUGCUUUAACAGCACAAUAUACAUAUGUAUUAUUUUUAUCCUAUUUUGUUUGGAAGUUAGUUUCAGAAUAAAUCUAGAACCUCAGAGUAUUCAGUUAUUGUCAAAAUUAAUUCUAAUAUUCAUGAUGUGCUGCAAUUGUGGUCAUUUUUCCAAAAUUUCUCCAAAAAAAU